GGAGGCGGAGGAGGGAGGUGUACACGGUGGUGGUGGCGGCGGCAGAGAGAAAAGGAGAGAGAGAGAGAUCGCAAAUAAGAUGUAAGAGAGGGGAAAGGAAAGAGGAUAUUUCUCCCCGCCGCUUCCCCAACAACUAGCUGGAAAGGAGAGAGCGAGAGCGAGACGAGAGCGCGCGCAGGGAACGAGGAAGGAGAGAGCCUCGGAGGCAGAGUCCUCGCCUGCUAUCCCCUCCGUCCGGGUGGGGGAGUCUGGGCAAGCUCCCGAGCUUCGUCUGGGCCCUAGAACCGCACCGCCCCCCACUUGCCGCCGCCGCCAGCCUCCUUGUGUCUGCCAACUCCAAGGAUCCGUCUGAGCCAGAUGUGCGUGCCUCGAUGGCAGGGAGCAGCAGCUAGGAGGAGAGGAGAGAGGAGAAUCCAAGGGUGCAGCCUUAAGAAGAAGUCUGAAUGAUGCAAGCCAGAGAAAAAAUGAACCACUUAUGGAGGAGGAAAAGGAGAAGCUCUGAUUAGAAAAAGAAGGACCACAGGGCCCCAUUAGGAUGACCUCUUUAGCUGAGGAAGCCUCCUACCCCUAGCACAGCACCCUCCCUCAGGAACAACAACUUCUGUGGAAGCUUCUGGGGGUGACAGGGCAGUGGAUUUUUGCUGUCUGCUCUUCCCCGUUUCUGGGUUUUGUUUUUGCUUAUGUUGAGUUCCAAAUGUGUCCUGUAAAAGCUUACACCUUGCAUGGAAGUUGGACUUGCCAGUUGAAAAUGAGACACUUCCAACUGAACUUGCUUCUCAUCUGUAUGGCAACCACCACUGCAAUCCCUGUUGUGCCCUGGAAGGUCAAAUGCCCACUGCAAUGUGUCUGCCAGAUCAGGCCAUGGUACACGCCCAGGUCUGUGUACAGGGAAGCAGCCACAGUUGACUGUAAUGAUUUGUUUAUCUCCACAGUGCCUGAAAGCUUGCCAGAGGGGACACAGAUUCUUCUCUUGCAAAGUAACAAUAUUGCCAAGGUCGAGCAGAGCGAGCUGGACUAUCUGAAAAACCUGACAGAGCUAGAUUUGUCACAGAACAGCUUCUCAGACAUUUUGGACUUCGGCCUGAAGAAUGUGCCCCAGUUGCUGAGCCUUCACCUGGAAGAGAACCAGCUGGCUGAACUGCCUGACAACAGCUUCCCAGGCCUGUCAAACCUCCAGGAGCUUUAUCUUAACCACAAUCAAAUACGUAGGAUUUCACCCCAGGCCUUCUCAGGCCUUGGAAGUCUCCUUCGGCUCCACCUCAACUCCAACUUCCUGAGGGCAGUUGACAGCCGCUGGUUCCAAGUCUUGCCCAGUUUGGAGAUCCUCAUGAUUGGAGGCAACAAAGUGGAUGCCAUUUUGGAUAUGAACUUCAGGCCCUUAUCCAAUAUGAGGAGUUUGGUUCUGGCUGGAAUGAACCUGAAGGAGAUUUCAGAUUAUGCACUAGUAGGCCUGAAAAGUCUGGAGAGCCUUUCUUUCUAUGACAACAAGCUGGUCAAUGUCCCCAAACGGGCGCUGCAGCAAGUCCCUGGUCUCAAGUUUCUGGAUCUGAACAAAAACCCGCUUCAGAGGAUUAAGCAGAGUGACUUCACAAAUAUGCUGCACCUCAAGGAACUGGGACUCAACAACAUGGAGGAGCUGGUUUCUAUUGACAAGUUUGCCUUGAUCAACCUGCCUGAACUGACCAAGCUGGAUGUGACCAAUAACCCUAAACUAUCCUACAUUCACCCGAGUGCUUUCCACCACCUCCCCCAGAUGGAGACCCUCAUGCUCAACAACAAUGCCCUAAGUGCCUUGCAUAAGCAGACACUGGAGUCCCUCCCCAAUCUGCAGGAGAUCAGCAUCCAUAGCAACCCCAUCCGCUGUGACUGCGUCAUCCGCUGGGUCAACAGUACAGAGAACCGCAUCCGCUUCAUUGAGCCUCAAUCCACAUUAUGUGCUGAGCCACCAGACCUAAAGAGGAAGCACAUCCGCGACGUCCCUUUCAGGGAAAUGACUGACAGGUGCUUGCCCCUCAUCUCCGACAAAAGCUUUCCUUCCCAUUUGGAGGUGGCAGAUGGUGAGGAUGUCGCUCUUCACUGCAGGGCUCUGGCGGAACCAGAGCCAGAGAUCUACUGGGUCACACCAUCAGGUCUCAAGCUGAUGCCCUACUCCGAAGAUGGAAAGUAUAAAGUGUACCCCGAAGGGACAAUAGAGAUCCACAAGGUUACAGCACAAGAAGCUGGGCUGUACACAUGCAUGGCUCAAAAUCUCAUUGGUGCCGAUACAAGAAGCAUCAGCUUGAUGGUCAACAGCUCUUUCCCCUUCAGCGAGGAUACUCUGGAGCUGCUGGUGAAGGAUGUCCAGGCCCACCACAUCUUGGUUGCUUGGAAACCUCAUCUCAAUACCAUUUCUUCCAACCUUACAUGGUCCAGCUUCAACCCCAGCCUGGACAUGAUGAGUGUGGCCCGUCUCCCAACAGGCACCCAUAUGUACAACAUCACACGGCUACACCACAGCACAGAAUACUGGGCCUGCCUUCAUGUCGCCUUCGUAGCCUUGCAGAGCAAGGUGUCCUGCGUCAAUGCUAGGACUAAAGAGGCGCAAUACCAGUACCUGGAAAGCAGGCAGAGCGCCCUGCUGGUGCUGUCGCUUUGCGUUGUGUUGCUGCUUAUUAGCCUUAUAGGCAACUAUGGUUUGGGUGCUCUCAAGCCACAGCCUGGGAGCCACGGGGCCUGCAUGCCAUGGAAGUCAGGUUCCUCUUCAGUGCGUGUUGUGUACCCAACUUAUAUCAAACACUGGGAUCAAGUGAGGAAAAGUGAGACACUCCUAGCCAUGGAGGUUCAAGCACCACCACUAGACUCCUGAAGGAUUCUGGGAGCUUUUUUCCCCCAGAGAGGGUGGGCAAGAUGUUCUGGUGGAUUAAAAAAAAUUACCAAAUAUAAAUGGGGGAGAAAGCUCAACCGUGAAAACAAUAAGCAUGGAGGAUAAAGACGACAAAAUGUCCCCUUUGGAUGUCCCCUUACCCAACAAAAAUCACCAGUUUGGCCAAACCAAUGUUCCUUUAUACCAAGAUGAACAAUCCAUUGUUAUGGAAGGAAAGUUCCAGCAAGGAAAGUCAGUGCCCAGAGAGCAGACAGCAUGAGCUUGGAAGCACCAAGCUUGGCAUCUCAACAUCCCUUUAUAGGCUGCCUGUGGAUCCCCUGGCAGCCUGCUACCAAUGUACGUUUUGUUCAGCAAAUUGCUGCUCCCUUGGAAAUACAAAAAAGAGGCUUUCCCUUAUGUGUACAUGUGUAUUGCCCAUCGAGAAUCUAAUCUUGAACCAAAUCCACCAAGCCUCUUUUUGUAGGCUGCAUGGGUUGCCUCCUGGGGACCACCUUAGGGAAGGUGAAUGUGGAGGAAAGGCAAACCUAUGGGGCUAUGAGAUCACAAGGAACAAUAAUGGUCCUCAGAACAAUGAAUGCAUCCUUGAAUCUUUUAGCAACAUGAGUUAGAAAAAUGGAUUGGAUCUUAAAAGUGGAUUGGAGCUUAAUUUCAAGGCUAUUUUGUAAACUUUUGUGAAUAAUGUUUAAAAAAAAGAAAAAGAGGAAGAGGAAGAGGGAGGGUGAAGAAAUUCCUGCUUUUUCUGUUUUUUGUAAGAAAAAGAAAAGAAAAGAAAAAAUCCUUUGUAUACCAAUCUACCAUAGC